GAGUCUCAUCUCGGGAGGAGGAGGACGAGGAGGAGGUCCAGGUCAAUCUGGGGCUGGGAUCCCCCCAGGAGUGGCACCCACCCAGGCGCCCCCAAAACUGGGAAGGAGGGGCGCGCACGCAGCCAUUCCUUGCGCUCUCUCUGCCUUUGCGCGCAGCAGCGAUUGCUUGGAGAAAGAAAGCCGGACUUUGCUUCCCUUCUUCCUUCCUCUCUGCGCUUGGCUUCUUCUUUUCCAGAAGGGAGGAAAAUCCAAAAAGGUCUUUCCUCCCCAAUUGCGGGAGGCAGGCGAAGCUCUUUCCAACCAGACCCUCUUUCUUCCUUCUGUUUCCCAAGAUGCUGGUGGCUUCAAGAGCUCUGUAAGUGGCAAGAAGUGGGAACGCGUCGCCUGUUUCUUCCCCUUUGUUUUUGGGUUAUUUUUUUUGCGGAACAGGGGUUGAUAUAUAUUUUAAAUAAUCUCCCUUUCGUGGGGAUUCGAUGGAGAUGAACUUGGGGGCUUUGGGACCCGCUUGGUGUGGAAUACCGAUGUGAAAAAGGUACGGGCGAAGAAGCAAGCGCAUUCCGGGCUAAGGAGGAGAAGGGACCCGCAAAGAUGUCUUUGGCUACCUUAUAUUUCCUGCUGCCCUUAAUGGAGGUCCUCCUGUCUGGGGAAGUGAGCGGCCUGCUUGGCGGAGGGGAUCGCCUGGACUGUGUGAGAGCCAGCGACCAGUGUCUCAGGGAGCAGAGCUGCAGUGCAAAAUUCAGGACACUGAGGCAGUGCGUGGCCGGCAAAGAGAGCAACUUCAGCCGGGCGACAGGCCUGGAGGCGAAGGACGAGUGCAAAAGCGCCACCGAGGCUCUGAAGCAGAAAUCUCUUUACAAUUGCCGCUGCAAGAGAGGCAUGAAGAAGGAGAAGAACUGCCUGCGUAUUUACUGGAGCAUGUACCAAAGCUUACAGGGAAAUGAUUUACUUGAAGAGUCACCUUAUGAACCAGUUAACAGCAGAUUAUCAGACAUAUUCAGGCUAGCACCAAUUGUAUCAGCAGAGCCGGCCAUUUCAAAAGGGAACAAUUGUUUGGAUGCAGCGAAAGCCUGUAACCUAAAUGAUACUUGCAAGAAAUUCCGAUCGGCUUAUAUAACUCCUUGUACCAGCAGUGUGUCUAAUGAAAUCUGCAAUAAGCGGAAGUGUCACAAGGCCCUGAGGCAGUUUUUCGACAAAGUCCCCCCGAAGCACAGUUACGGGAUGCUCUUCUGCUCCUGCCGAGAUGUUGCGUGUACAGAAAGGAGGCGGCAGACCAUUGUUCCGGCGUGUUCAUAUGAGGACAGGGAGAAACCAAACUGCCUGAAUUUACAAGAUACUUGCAAGACGAAUUACAUCUGCAGAUCUCGCCUCGCAGAUUUUUUCACAAACUGCCAACCUGAGCCACGGUCUAUUAGCAGCUGUCUGAAGGAAAACUAUGCUGACUGCCUCCUUGCUUAUUCCGGGCUUAUUGGUACUGUUAUGACACCCAAUUAUUUAAACUACAACAGUCUCAGUGUUGCUCCAUGGUGUGAUUGCAGCAACAGUGGCAAUGAUCUAGAAGAAUGCCUGAAAUUUCUGAACUUCUUCCAGGAUAAUAUAUGCCUUAAAAAUGCAAUUCAGGCCUUUGGCAAUGGUACAGAUGUGAAUGUGUGGCAGCCAUUCCUACCUGUCCAGACAACCACAGCUUUAACUACAACAGCUUACAGAUCGAAAUCACUGGGAUCCGAGAAGAGCAACAAUGAAAUACCUACCAACAAUGACUUACCAGCAUGUGCCAAUCUCAAGGUACCAAAGCAGAGCUUCAAUGAAUCUGUAGUGACAGAACUUUGUGUGACUGGGAACGCAAUUGGGAAAGAAAGUGUGGCAAGAGGCUCCACCAGUCACAUAUCCGCCGACAAUUCGUCUCCUCUUCAGAUCAGCUUCAGGCCAAGCACACUUUCCAUGCUGACGGCAAUUGCACUCUCAUUCUCCUUGCUGCCACGUUCAGCAGAAUCCUUGUAUCUGCUUUAACAAAGGACCUGUACAAAGCAAAAAGAAAACGGAAAUGGAUCUGUUCCCUAUCCUUCUCUGUUGUUGAUCUAAGAUUACAGUUCUAGAAGUUGAGGCACUCUGAAUUUUAAAAAAAUCGUUCCGGAUCAUCUUCAUUAUCCUCAUGGGCAUAUUGUAUUGUUAUUAUGAUUGUUAUUAAUUUCUUACUUUUAAAGGAAGCUUCUUGUGAUACUUAGAAGCUUUAUGAAAUACUUGAUGCAGUACUACAUUCCAAACCCAGAAGGCUUUUGGACAUGGCCGUGUUUUAAAAGAGAUGGAAUGUCAAUUUGCAUGUAUAACAUCCAGGUUUGAUUCCUUUGUUUCCUCCUUCAUUUUCCUUUCCCUUGCUAUUACAGUUGUACCCAAAUAUAAUAAGGCCAUUUUUUUCUUAUUUCUGGACUCUGAGGUACAAUCCAUUGGGAAUUUCUCCAAUCCUGUCUGUACAUCAGUAUUAUAGUUCUUUUGUACUACUUGUAAGUAGAGCAGAGGUUCAUCUUGGCCAGAUUCAGUGCCCAAAUGAUGACGUCUGGUGAGUGUAAAAGUAUUGCUAGAGCAGAAUGGGAACCUGUUGUUUCCUGGGAGAUUUUAGGGCACAUUCUAGAUAUAGGUGAGAGAUAGGCAGAUAGCAAAAGUCUGGGGUUCCCUAGUUUGCACUGUGUAAUCCACACCAUGUGCAUGUACAUCUCUAGCAUAUACGAGAGAUUUUAUAGAGAAGGGAGGCCUUCAGUGAAGAACUUCAAGGUGAAUUUUGGCCUUGAUUAUUUCAUUAUCAUUAUUUUUCUGUUAUUUACGUUUUGAAAUAACAAAGGAUCAGGCUGUUGACACAUGAUGAAUGUCUUCCCAGAGAGUGAAAUUCAUGUUUAUAGAUGGUUACCAACGUUUUCAUGUUUUAGCAUUCUCUUCCAUGUUUAUAAAUGUAUGUGGUUUUGCAGUCCUUGCUGAGAAGCCAUUGCAAGUCAUAUACCAGUAUAAUACACAUAUUUUCUUCAAAGAGUUCUGCAGAAAUAGAGAGUGAUAUUAAACUUUCUAACUCUACUUUUAUUUUUCUGAUUAUCCUAAUUUAGCCUUAAGAAGAGGUAAAAGAAUAAUCCUAUAUUAACAAGAAGCAACUGUUGUGAAUAUUUCAGUAACCUAAAAUUCUUUUAUCUUUCUGGGGAUAUAUUUAAAGAAAUAGAAACUUGUUUUUGUUAAAGGAUGUUGAUGAUACAAUUGCUGGUCUUCUUUAUUGUAAUUAUACAGUUUAGUUAUUUUACUGUUUGUUGAAUAAAAAUGACCUGAAUCUUAA